AUGCUCGGCUCAUUCCCUCGGAGUCGCAGGCUAUUCUACCUGCUAUUGGCCUGCGCAAUAACCACCACAUGCCUCAUCAACCUCCUAAUCCUCACCCAUGCUGUCGACAACUCUAUAAUCCGUCUUCCUAAUCUGGGUCUCUUCGCCGCAAAAACAAGUCCCGUGUUCGGGGAGUAUGCGCACGAUGAACACCCUAUCGCCGACUUAAUGAGGGACGCGAACCGAAAAUGGCAAGAAUAUGACAAUAGCCGCACGACAAGCUUCCGCCAAACAGUCGCCAAAUACCGUGAAACAUAUGGACGACACCCACCUCCCGGUUUCAAGGAAUGGUACAUGUUCGCACGCAAAAGGAAGGCGCAUAAUGUGGACGAUUUCCAACAGAUUACGGGCGAUCUGCGGCCUUUUUGGGCGGUUCCUCCGGCGGAAAUUCGACAGAGGGCAGCCAAGUUACAAUCUAGCGAGGGCAUUGCAGGUGUGCAAAUCCGAAAUAAGAAGGUUGUUUACUCCUCUGUUGAAGGAUGGAGGGUUGAAACACUGCGGAAGUCGAUUAAAAAAAUUGCUCGGUAUCUUCCAGACAUGGAUAUUGCGCUUAAUAUUAUGGAUCAGCCGCGAGUCAUGGUUUCAUUUGAGGAUAUACAGGAAUACCUCCACACCGAAGCCCUCACCAGAAGCUUACCCAGCGAUGCGCAGGAUCGAUUCACCCCAAACAUGAAAUAUUUGUUAGAGGAAGGUUCCAAUGUCGAGGAUCGUGUUGACCCAUCUUGGUUCUCCAUCGCUGGAAAGCUAUACAUGGACUUCGCCAAAGAUUCCUGUGACCCCCACUCUCCCGCUCGGAAUGACAAUCUCACUGUGGGAGAUGCCGACAAGCUCUACAAAUCCCCCUCGGGUGGGUUUGUCACCAACUUUACUGCUUCCUCUGAUUUAUGCACCGUCGGUCCCGUUCUCGGAGAAAACCACGGGUUUUUGUUCUCGGCAUCCAGCAACCUCAUCACAAGGAAACUGGUCCCAGUCUUCAGCGAAUGCAAGGUUAGCGUGAACAACGAUAUUCUUUUCCCUGCAAAUAUGUAUUUCAUGAAUGACAAGCGCUAUGUAUACAAUUCGCGACACGACUAUGAGUGGAAGGACAAAGCGGAGACUCUCCUCUGGCGUGGCGUCACAUCUGGGGGCGUUCAGCUUGCAGAUAAUUGGCAGCAUAUGCACCGCCAACGCUUUGUGCAAAUUACCAACAAUACUGACAUGAGAUCAGAGACGGUCUCCAUUCUCUCCGAAACUAGCCCGGGGCAGUAUCAUACCUAUCCCGACUUCUACCCAAGCAAAUUUUCAUUGGACCAUUUCGAUGUUGGCUUCACUGAGGCUUGGGGCUGUAUCCCGAAUUGCUCCUUCUACAACGAUAUUUGGACGUACAAAAAGCCCAAGGAUUUCAGCGAGCAGUUCAAGGCGAAAUACCUCGUCGAUAUUGAUGGUCACAGCUUCUCCGGGCGGUGGCGCGCCUUCCAGCUUAGCAAAUCCCUAGGGAUCAAGGCCACCAUUUUUCGCGAAUGGCAUGACUCUAGGCUCUUCCCCUGGCGUCACUUCGUCCCUAUGGACAACCGCUACGAUGACCUGUACGCAUUAAUGACCUACUUCCUCGGUCUGGAACCACAAGCAUCCCCCGUGGAUGACUUCUCAAUUAGCGAGCCAUACAUCCAAAAGCAUGACUUUGAGGCUGAGGUUAUGGCGUCUCAAAGUCGGGAAUGGGCGCAGCAUGCGCUGCGCAACGAAGACCUUACUAUCUAUCUCUAUCUUCUUCUCCUUGAGUACGGACGCAUCAUUGAUGACAAUCGCGAUAGCAUUGGGUACGGUGGCGAUGGAAGUGAGCUGGACCAGUUUGACGAUCAAUACCCUUUCUCUCCGGCGAUACCGAAUAUCGUAAAUCCUCCACUGAACACUGAUGAACAAUGA